ACGCACACGUGCCGAGCAGUACAGUUUAGAAGCUGGUCUAGUGAACAUCUCUGGUGUGACUCUCCUGUCUCGACCUCGCUUGUGUUUUCCUGUUACUGCCUCAAUAAAGCAAUAGAUCCAUCAUGUCUAAGACCAUCAGCCUCAUCAAGCGCGAGUCUUUCUUCGACGACUCUUUCUUCCAGGACGCAUGGGGUGACUUCGACUCCGCAAUCCAAACCAUCCUCGAUAAAUUCCACGACAAAACCGUGAAGGUGGACAGCGGCUCCCGCAACGAGUGCCGCGACGUUUACCGCAACAUCCGCAGCAGCAGAAUUGACGAUGACAUCUACGCGUCUCAGGCGCUUCAGGUCACAGAAAAGGACGGACGAUUCAGCUGUGUUAUGGACGUGAAGGACUUCAACCCAAAUGAUCUCCAGGUCAAAGUGGUUGAAGACAGAGUCAUCGUUGAGGGCAAAUACGAAAAAAAAUCAGAAGAUGGUUCCUGCGUGUCGAGCAAAUCCUUCUACAAGGAGUUCACCAUGCCAAAGAGUGCAAACUUGGACCAGGUCUCCACCGCUCUAUCGAAGGACGGCGUUUUAACAGUCAGGGCCCCCAAGAAGGAGGGCAGCGAAGUCGCAACCGCAGGCGAUGGCACAGUUUCCAAGUCAUCGGUCCAGCAAUCAUCCUCUUCAUCCGUCCAGCAGUCUUCCACCUCGACAUCCACUUCCGUCAAGAAGCAGUCCGUAUCAUCAUCCUUCACCUCGACGUCAUCCGUGUCUAAAUCCUCGCAGCUGACCUCCUCUUCAUCCAUCACGAGCAGCUUUGAUGACAUGGCAAAGGAAAUGAACGACCGUCUCGUAUUCACUCACGAGAGCGUCAACCUCAAAUUGCCUGAGAACUAAUUUGUUAUGCACGAAUAAUUUACUUUGGUCUCGUAAAUAAUGCUAGCUUAAAUGCGUAAAUUAUUAGUUUCUUUUAUUUUAUCAUCCAUCUUGCUGCUAACCCAUGAUUGGUUUUCUUGUUUUUCUUGCCUGCGUUCGAUUUGAGGGCUAACUUCAUCAAAAGCUGCAGGAUAACAAUGCAAUUCGUGCUUAUUCUCAUAAAUUGCUUUUUCAUGGACCAAAUUUCUAUAUUUUGCUUUUUCCAGACUUCGCCCAAUCAGUUUUGCCUGAAAAAGGUUCUGAGCGCAGGCCCGCUCAUUUUUUUCGAUUACGUUUUUUUUCAAUCAUAGACAUCAUGUCUACGAAGGCAAUACCAUUUCACCUAUUAGCAUUGGUAUUGUGUUAUAAAAGACGAGAAAACGUAUCAAUUAGAUGUGCUGAACCUCUAAAACUUUCUAAGGACUCGCACCUCCAGAUACUUGAAUUACGUGAUUAGUUCUCUAGAAAAGUGUCGUACAUUUUAAUAAACACUCUAUUUGU